CAGGAGGGAAGGCUGGAGAGGCUUUGCUCCUAAGGAUAUUUACUAGAUGUUGCUGGUCUGAAGAAAUAGAAAAAAGCCACAAGAAUCAAAAAAACCAAACCCCAAACCCAGAGCAUCUGUAUAGGCUAAUGCUGGGAAGACAGAAAUUGCCUCGUUAACCUAAGUGAGUGGGGGAGAGACAGAAGAAUACCCUCAAAAUGGAGGAAGAAGAAUAUGAAGAAGUUGUGGAGUACUACAUUGAAGAGACAGUUAUUGAGGAGGUUGAACCACAUGAGGUGGUCACUGAGAUCACUGAGACCAUUAGCACAGACUUCACAGGUCCUAAAACUGUCACCUAUACUGUUGAGCAUGAAAAACCUUCUGCUGAGGAGGCAGCACCUCCGGUCAGAAAGAGGACAAUACGGACAAAAGUGGACUCAUCUAAGUUUUUGACACCUUACCUGCAACAUAGUAAUAAAAUGAAGGACCUAUUCAGUGAGAACAAGUACAAAGAAAAAUACAGAAAAGAAAAGGGGAAGCCAUAUGCUUCCACAAUUGAUACCCCAGAAAUUCGGAGAAUCAAGAAAGUGCAAGACCAGCUCAGUGAGGUUAAAUACCGCAUGGCUGGUGAAGUUGCUAGAACUAUUUGCCAUGUUGAUGAAAAAGCCAAGGAUAUAGAACAUGCAAAGAAGGUGUCACAGCAAGUGAGCAAGGUGUUAUAUAAACAGAAUUGGGAGGAGAAUAAGGACAAGUACCUGCUUCCCCCUGAUGCUCCAGAGCUUGUGAAUGCAAUAAAAAAUACAGCGAUGUUCAGUAAGAAACUCUAUACCGAAGACUGGGAAGGAGACAAAACAUUAUUCUAUCCAUACAAUGACAGUCCAGAGCUCAGAAGGGUGGCACAGGCUCAAAAGGCUCUGAGCGAUAUUGUCUACAAAAAAGGGCAUGACGAACGAAAAUCUAAAUAUACUUCUCUGCCAGAUCCACCUGACGUGGAACAAGCCAAGAAAGUGACAAGGCAGCUGAGUGAUAUUAUUUACCAUGAGGACUAUAAAAACAAGAUCAAAGGCAAGUGGAGUCAAACUCCAUGCUAUGAUGUUGCAGUUGCGAAAAUGAAUGCGGAAAAUAUAAGUACAAGAAAAUACCAGGAGGACUUUGAAAACAUCAAAGACCAAAUCUACUUUAUGCAGACUGAAACGCCAGAAUAUGAAGCUAACAAGCGAGUUUCAGAUAAUGUCAGUAAGGUAAAAUACAGAGCAGACUAUGAAAAGAACAAAGCUAUUGCGGAUUAUAAUGUGCUUCCUGCUACAGAAAACCCAUUGCUGAGGCAAUUAAAAGCUGCAGGAAAUGUGCUGAGUGAUAAAUUAUACAAAGAAGCCUAUGAAAAGUCAAAAGGAACCAGCAUGAAUUACUGUGACACACCAAAGUUCCAGACUGAUACUGUUCUGAAGAAUUUUAGUGAUGUCAAAUACAAAGAUGCAUAUCAAAAGAAUAUUUUAGGACACUAUUUAGGCAGCUUUGAGGACCCACAUCAUACACACUGCAUGAAAGUUGAAGCUAUGAAGAGUGAUAAAAAUUACAAAGCAGAUUACGAGGAGGAAAAGACAAGAUGCUACUUCCCUCAGACCAUAACUCAAGAGUACGAAGCUAUUAAGAAGUUAGAGCAGUGCAAAGAUCACACCUACAAAAAGCAUCCUGAUCAAACCAAAUUUACUCAAGUGACUGACUCUCCAGUACAGAAGCAAGCAGAGAUCAAUAGCAAACAGCUGAGUGAUAUAAAGUAUAAAUCCAAAGGUGAAGAAAUUAUUCACAAGUACCACCUCCCCCCAGAUGUGCCUCAAUUUAUACAGGCUAAAGUUAAUGCCUACAAUAUUAGUGAUAACUAUUACAAAACAGGAUUGGAAGAAUUAAAAUCAAGGGGAUAUGAUCUCAAAAGUGAUGCUAUUCCUAUCCGAGCUGCCAAGGCUGCUAGGCAGGCUGUCAGUGAUGUUAACUAUAAAAAAGCCUAUGAACUUGCCAAGGGUAAACUCGUUGGCUUCAAGAGCCUCCAAGAUGAUCCCAAACUCGUUCAUUACAUGAAGGUAGCCAAGAUGCAGUCUGAGCGAGAGUACAAGAAAGAUUAUGAAAAAGCAAAAACUCGGUACAACAUUCCACUGGAUAUGGUCAAUGUGGUCGGUGCCAAGAAGGCCCAAGAGAUUGCCAGCAAUGCUAAUUACAAGAACCUCCUGCACCACUAUACUUAUUUACCAGAUGCAAUGAAUGUGGAGCUGACCAAAAAUAUGAUGGAGAUUCAGAGCGAUAAUGCGUACAAAGCGGAUUAUAAUAACUGGAUGAAAGGCAUUGGUUGGAUCCCCAUUGGCUCCCUAGAAGUAGAAAAAGCUAAAAAAGCUGGAGAUGCCUUGAAUGAAAAGAAAUAUCGUCAGCAUCCAGACACCAUUAAAUUUACAAGUGUGGUAGACUCUCCGGUAAUGGUCCAAGCCAAACAGAAUUCAGUUCAGCUCAACGAUAAACUAUACCGAUCUUCUGGAGAGGAAGUUAAACAUAAAUAUACUCUUACCCCAGAUGUCCCGCAGUUUAUCCAAGCUAGAUACAACGCAGCUAACAUCAGUGAUGCAUAUUAUAAACAAGGCUACCAUGAUCUAAUAGCAAAAGGGAACAAUGUGUCACUUGAUGCUAUUCCAAUUACCCUAGCCAAGGCUUCAAGAAACAUUGCUAGUGAUUAUAAAUAUAAAGAAGCACAUGAAAAGGCGAAAGGAAAACAGGUUGGCUUCAGAAGCCUGCAAGAUGACCCUAAGCUUGUCCACUACAUGAAUGUAGCAAAGAUUCAGUCUGAGCGUGAGUACAAGAAAGACUAUGAGAAGACCAAGACUAACUAUCAUGCACCUCCUGACAUGUACAGUAUCCAGGCUGCUAAACAGUCUCAGGAUGUAGCGUCUAAUGCCCACUACAAAAACCUGAUCCAUCACUACACUUACCUGCCAGAUGCCAUGGAUGUUGAGCUUGCAAAGAACAUGAUGCAAAUUCAGAGUGAUAACGCAUACAAACAAGAGUAUAACAGCUGGUUCAAGGGUAUCGGAUGGAGUCCUCUUGGUUCUCUGGAUGUUGAAAAAGCUAAAAAGGCUGGAGAUGCAUUAAAUGAAAAGAAAUACCGUCAGCACCCAGACACCAUCAAAUUUACAAGUAUACCAGAUUCAAUACCAAUGGUUUUAGCUCAGCAGAACACCAAGCAACUGAGUGAUGUAACGUACAAGCAGGAGGGUGAAAAAGUAAAGCACAAAUACACCCUGGAUGCUGAUGUUCCUCAGUUUAUUCAAGCCAGGGUCAACGCCUUCAAUUUGAGUGAUGCUAACUACAAAGCAGACUGGAAAAAAACCAUUGCCAAAGGAUACGAUCUGAAACCAGAUGCCAUUCCUAUUAUUGCUGCUAAAGCUUCUCGAAAUAUUGCAAGUGACUACAAGUACAAGGAAUCAUAUGAGAAAGAUAAAGGCAAACAGGUUGGAUACCGUAGCCUGCAGGACGAUCCUAAACUUGUUCAUUACAUGAACGUGGCCAAAAUGCAAUCAGAUCGUGAAUACAAGAAGGAUUACGAAGUCACCAAGACCAAAUAUCAUACUCCUUUGGAUAUGUUCAGCGUGACGGCUGCCAGGAAAGCCCAGGAAGCAGUUACAAAUGCAGGCUAUAAACAGCUAAUUCACAAUUAUACACUCUUGCCUGAUUCUGUGAAUCUGGAGCUAUCAAGAAAUGUGAUGCAGCUUCAGAGUGAUAAUGUGUACAAAGCAGACUUCAAUAACUGGUUGAGAGGAGUUGGCUGGAUACCAAUUCAGUCUCUGGAUGUAGAAAAGGCCAAAAAAGCUACGGAGAUUCUCAGUGAAAAGAAGUAUCGUCAGCACCCAGACAAGCUGAAGUAUUCUAUUACAAUGGAUGCAAUGGAACAAGUGCUAGCUAAGCAAAAUGCCAAGACCAUGAAUAAGAAGCUCUACACCGAUAAAUGGAACAAAGAGAAGACCAGCAUUCAUGUUAUGCCAGAUACUCCAGAAAUUCUGCAGUCUAGAGUGAACCAGAUCACAAUGAGUAAUAAACUUUACAAAGCUGGAUGGGAGGAAGAAAAGAAGAAAGGUUAUGACAUGCAGCCAGAUGCUAUUCCAAUAAAAGCAGCCAAAGCCUCCAGAGACAUUGCAAGUGAUUAUAAAUACAAACUAGCCUAUGAAAAAGAGAAAGGAAAGCAUAUCGGGUUCCGCAGCCUUGAAGACGACCCCAAGCUGGUGCACUUCAUGCAGGUGGCUAAGAUGCAAUCUGAUCGUGAAUACAAAAAGGAUUAUGAGAAGGCAAAGACUAAUUUCCAUACUCCAGUUGACAUGGUCAGUGUUGUGGCGGCCAAGAAAGCACAGGAAGCGGUUACAAAUACAAAUUACAAAAACUUGAUCCAUACCUACAACGUUUUGCCUGAUGCCAUGAGUCUUGAAUUAGCCAAAAACAUGAUGCAGAUACAAAGUGAUAAUCAAUACAGAGCAGAAUAUGAUGAAAGUAUGAAGGGUAUGGGAUGGAUGCCACUGGGCUCCCUGGAAGCUGAGAAGAACAAAAAAGCGAUGGAAAUUGUUAGUGAAAAGAAGUAUCGCCAGCAUCCCGACAAGUUGAAGUAUUCUGUUCCUAUGGAUUCCAUGAACAUGGUCCUAGCCUUAAAUAAUGCUAAAAUCAUGGAUGAGCACAAGUACAAGCAAGCAUGGGAAGAAGACAAAAAGAAAGUUCACAUCACACCAGAUAUUCCACAGAUUGCCCUAGCAAAAGUGAAUGCAUUUAAUUUAAGUGAUAAAAUGUACAGACUUUCAUUUGAAGAAUCUAGGAAGAAAGGGUAUGAUCUCAGAGCUGAUGCUAUCCCUAUCAAAGCUGCCAAAGCUUCUAGGGAUAUUGCUAGUGAUUAUAAAUACAAAUUAGGUUAUGAACAAGACAAGGGAAAACUUGUAGGCUUCCGCAGCCUUCAGGAUGAUCCCAAACUUGUCCAUUAUAUGCAAGUGGCUAAGAUGCAGUCUGAUCGUGAAUACAAGAAAGCUUACGAAGCGAGCAAGACGCAUUACCAAACACCUUCUGAUACACUCAGCAUCGUGGCAGCUAAGGAGGCACAAGAUCGUGUGACCAACACUAACUACAAACGACUAAUUCACCAGUAUAUGCUCCUACCGGACGCGAUGAGUUUAGAACUGUACAGAAACAUGAAUCAGAUACAAAGUGAUAAUGAGUACAAGCAGGAUUACAAUGAGUACUUCAAGGGUAUCGGCUGGAGUCCUGCGGGUUCUCUGGAUGUGGAGAAAUCUAAGAAAGCCACAGAAAUUGCAAGUGAUCAGAAAUACCGCCAGCAUCCCAGCAUGUUCCCCUUUACAAAACAGAAUGAUGCCAUGGACAUGGUCCUUGCAAAGCAGAAUGCAAAUAUCAUGAACAAACAUGCUUAUACUCAAGCGUGGGAGAAGGAUAAAAUUCAGGUACAUGUGAUGCCAGAUACACCAGAUAUUCUACAGGCAAAACAGAACAAGGCGAACUACAGUCAGAAACUGUACAAGCUUGGCUGGGAGGAAAUGAUAAAGAAAGGCUAUGACCUCACACCUGAAGCCAUUUCAGUGAAAGCUGCCAAAGCUUCAAGGGACAUUGCAAGUGAUUACAAGUACAAAGAAGGUUACCGCAAGCAGCAGGGACAUCACAUUGGAUUCCGCAGCCUACAGGAUGAUCCCAAGAUGUUGUGGUCUAUGCAAGUAGCUAAGAUGCAGAGUGAGAGGGAGUACAAGAAAGAUUUUGAAAAGUGGAAGACAAAGUUUAACAUGCCCGUGGAUAUGUUAGGCUUCCUUCUGGCUAAGAAGUGCCAGGAAUUGGUUAGUGAUAUAGACUACAAGCAGAUGCCACACCGCUGGACUUGUCUGCCAGACCAGAAUGAUGUCACCCAGGCAAAGAGGGUCUAUGAGCUACAGAGUGAUAACCUGUAUAAGUCAGAUCUACAAUGGCUUAGAGGCCUUGGAUGGAGUCCUCUGGGGUCUUUGGAAUCUGAAAAGAACAAGAAAGCUUCUGAAAUAUUGAGUGAAAAGAAGUACCGGCAGCACCCAGAUACUAUUAAGUUCACAAGUAUCCCAGAUGCCAUGGAUAUCGUUUUAGCAAAAUCUAAUGCUAAAAAUAGAAGUGAUAUACUGUAUAGAGAAGCCUGGGACAAAGACAAGACUCAGGUUCACAUUAUGCCUGAUACUCCUGAAAUUUUGCUGGCUAAAUCCAACUUAAUUAAUACAAGUGAUAAACACUACAAGUUAGGAUAUGAAGAGCUGAAGAAGAAAGGCUACGAUCUUCCUCCUGAUGCUAUACCCCUCAAGUCAGCCAAGGCUUCCAGAGACAUAGCUAGUGAAUACCAGUACAAAACGGCCUACCGAAAGCAGCUUGGGCACCACAUAGGGGCUCGUAACAUAGAGGAUGAUCCAAAGAUGCUGUGGUCGAUGCAUGUAGCCAAGAUCCAGAGUGACAGGGAGUACAAGAAAGCCUUUGAGAAGACCAAGACCCACUUCAGUAGCCCGGUGGACAUGCUGGGAAUCGUGUUGGCCAAGAAAUGUCAGGAGCUGGUCAGCGACGUUGAUUACCGCCACAGCCUGCAUCGGUGGACCUGCCUGCCAGACCAGAACGAUGUUGUCCAAGCGCGGAAAGUGUACGACCUUCAGAGUGACAACGUGUACAAGUCCGACCUUCUGUGGCUGAGGGGCAUUGGCUGGUCCCCAAGUGGUUCGCUGGACGAUGAGAAGAACAAGAGGGCGAGCCUGAUCCUGAGUGAAAAGAAGUACCGCCAACACCCGGACACCAUCCCGUUCACGAGCAUUCCUGACUCGAUGCCCAUGGUCCUGGCAAAGCACAACUCUGAAAUUAUGAACCAACGGUCAUACACAUCAGCGUGGGAGAAGGAUAAGACCAGCGUUCACAUUAUGCCGGAUACACCUGGUAUUUUGUUAGCGCAGCAGAACAAAGUGAACUUCAGUGAGAAACUGUACAAGCUUGCGAUGGAGGAAGACAAGAAGAAGGGCUAUGACAUGCGGGCAGAUGCCAUUCCUAUCAAGUCUGCUAAAGCUUCCAGAGACAUUGCAAGCGAUUACAAAUACAAGGAAGGCUAUCGGAAGCAGCUUGGGCACCACAUAGGGGCUCGUAACAUAGAGGAUGAUCCAAAGAUGCUGUGGUCGAUGCACGUAGCCAAGAUCCAGAGUGACAGGGAGUACAAGAAAGCCUUUGAGAAGACCAAGACCCACUUCAGUAGCCCGGUGGACAUGCUGGGAAUCGUGUUGGCCAAGAAAUGUCAGGAGCUGGUCAGCGACAUCGAUUACCGCCACAGCCUGCAUCGGUGGACCUGCCUGCCAGACCAGAACGAUGUUGUCCAAGCGCGGAAAGUGUACGACCUUCAGAGUGACAACGUGUACAAGUCCGACCUUCUGUGGCUGAGGGGCAUUGGCUGGUCCCCAAGUGGUUCGCUGGACGAUGAGAAGAACAAGAGGGCGAGCCUGAUCCUGAGUGAAAAGAAGUACCGCCAACACCCGGACACCAUCCCGUUCACGAGCAUUCCUGACUCGAUGCCCAUGGUCCUGGCAAAGCACAACUCUGAAAUUAUGAACCAACGGUCAUACACAUCAGCGUGGGAGAAGGAUAAGACCAGCGUUCACAUUAUGCCGGAUACACCUGGUAUUUUGUUAGCGCAGCAGAACAAAGUGAACUUCAGUGAGAAACUGUACAAGCUUGCGAUGGAGGAAGACAAGAAGAAGGGCUACGACAUGCGGGCAGAUGCCAUUCCUAUCAAGUCUGCUAAAGCUUCCAGAGACAUUGCAAGCGAUUACAAAUACAAGGAAGGCUAUCGGAAGCAGCUUGGGCACCACAUAGGGGCUCGUAACAUAGAGGAUGAUCCAAAGAUGCUGUGGUCGAUGCACGUAGCCAAGAUCCAGAGUGACAGGGAGUACAAGAAAGCCUUUGAGAAGACCAAGACCCACUUCAGUAGCCCGGUGGACAUGCUGGGAAUCGUGUUGGCCAAGAAAUGUCAGGAGCUGGUCAGCGACAUCGAUUACCGCCACAGCCUGCAUCGGUGGACCUGCCUGCCAGACCAGAACGAUGUUGUCCAAGCGCGGAAAGUGUACGACCUUCAGAGUGACAACGUGUACAAGUCCGACCUUCUGUGGCUGAGGGGCAUUGGCUGGUCCCCAAGUGGUUCGCUGGACGAUGAGAAGAACAAGAGGGCGAGCCUGAUCCUGAGUGAAAAGAAGUACCGCCAACACCCGGACACCAUCCCGUUCACGAGCAUUCCUGACUCGAUGCCCAUGGUCCUGGCAAAGCACAACUCUGAAAUUAUGAACCAACGGUCAUACACAUCAGCGUGGGAGAAGGAUAAGACCAGCGUUCACAUUAUGCCGGAUACACCUGGUAUUUUGUUAGCGCAGCAGAACAAAGUGAACUUCAGUGAGAAACUGUACAAGCUUGCGAUGGAGGAAGACAAGAAGAAGGGCUAUGACAUGCGGGCAGAUGCCAUUCCUAUCAAGUCUGCUAAAGCUUCCAGAGACAUUGCAAGCGAUUACAAAUAUAAGGAAGGCUAUCGGAAGCAGCUUGGGCACCACAUAGGGGCUCGUAACAUAGAGGAUGAUCCAAAGAUGAUGUGGUCGAUGCACGUAGCCAAGAUCCAGAGUGACAGGGAGUACAAGAAAGCCUUUGAGAAGACCAAGACCCACUUCAGUAGCCCGGUGGACAUGCUGGGAAUCGUGUUGGCCAAGAAAUGUCAGGAGCUGGUCAGCGACGUCGAUUACCGCCACUACCUGCAUCAGUGGAUCUGCCUGCCAGACCAGAACGAUGUUAUCCAUGCUAAGAAGGCCUACGAUCUACAGAGUGAUAACUGCUACAAGUCUGACCUUGAAUGGUUACGAGGCAUUGGCUGGGUCCCAAUUGGUUCCUUGGAAGUUGAAAAGGCCAAGAAGGCCGGGGAGAUCUUGAGUGAUAAACUAUACCGUCAGCCUCCAGACACGAUCAAGUUCACUAGCGUCACUGAUUCUCUAGAGAUGGUCUUAGCCAAGCAGAAUGCGGAGACAAUGAAUAAGCGUUUAUAUACUGAGGCCUGGGAUAAAGACAAGACACAAAUCCACAUAAUGCCUGACACGCCUGAAAUCACACUGGCAAAACAGAACAUGCAGAACUACAGUGCAAAACUCUACAAACAGGCCAUGGAAGAAGCAAAAAAGAAAGGCUAUGACUUGAGAAGUGAUGCGAUCCCCAUUCAGGCUGCCAAAGCAUCCCGGGAAAUUGCCAGUGAAUACAAAUACAAGGAAGGCUAUCGGAAGCAGCUUGGGCACCACAUAGGGGCUCGUAACAUAGAGGAUGAUCCAAAGAUGAUGUGGUCGAUGCACGUAGCCAAGAUCCAGAGUGACAGGGAGUACAAGAAAGCCUUUGAGAAGACCAAGACCCACUUCAGUAGCCCGGUGGACAUGCUGGGAAUCGUGUUGGCCAAGAAAUGUCAGGAGCUGGUCAGCGACGUUGAUUACCGCCACUACCUGCAUCAGUGGAUCUGCCUGCCCGACCAGAACGAUGUUAUCCAUGCUAAGAAGGCCUAUGAUCUACAGAGUGAUAACUGCUACAAGUCUGACCUUGAAUGGUUACGAGGCAUUGGCUGGGUCCCAAUUGGUUCCUUGGAAGUUGAAAAGGCCAAGAAGGCCGGGGAGAUCUUGAGUGAUAAACUAUACCGUCAGCCUCCAGACACGAUCAAGUUCACUAGCGUCACUGAUUCUCUAGAGAUGGUCUUAGCCAAGCAGAAUGCGGAGACAAUGAAUAAGCGUUUAUAUACUGAAGCAUGGAAUAAAGACAAGACCAUGGUUCAUGUCAUGCCUGACACACCAGAAAUCCUGCUAGCUAAACAAAACCAGUUAAACUACAGUCAGAAAAUGUACAAACUAGCUUUGGAGGAAUCGAAGAAGAAGGGUCAUGAUUUGCGUUUUGAUGCCAUUCCUAUUCAAGCUGCCAGAGCAUCCAGAGAGAUUGCCAGUGAUUACAAAUACAAGGAAGGCUAUCGGAAGCAGCUUGGGCACCACAUAGGGGCUCGUAACAUAGAGGAUGAUCCGAAGAUGAUGUGGUCAAUGCACGUAGCCAAGAUCCAGAGUGACAGGGAGUACAAGAAAGCCUUUGAGAAGACCAAGACCCACUUCAGUAGCCCGGUGGACAUGCUGGGAAUCGUGUUGGCCAAGAAAUGUCAGGAGCUGGUCAGCGACGUUGAUUACCGCCACUACCUGCAUCAGUGGAUCUGCCUGCCAGACCAGAACGAUGUUAUCCAUGCUAAGAAGGCCUAUGAUCUACAGAGUGAUGCUGUUUACAAAUCAGACCUGGAAUGGCUAAGAGGUAUUGGAUGGGUUCCUAUUGGUUCCGUGGAAGUUGAGAAAGCCAAGAAAGCUGGAGAAAUCCUGAGUGAAAGGAAGUAUCGUCAACCAGCAGACCAGAUUAAAUUUACUAGUGUGACGGAUUCCUUGGCCAUGGUCUUAGCCAAGCAAAAUGCUGAGAUAAUGAACAAGCGUUUGUACACAGAAGCCUGGGACGCAGACAAAACAUCAGUUCACAUCACGCCUGACACACCGUCAAUUUUGUUAGCGAAGGCCAAUGCAGCUAACGUCAGCCAUAAACUUUAUAUAGAAGCCUGGGAAGAGGCCAAAAAGAAGGGGUAUGACAUGAGAGCUGAUGCCAUUCCAAUCAGAAGCGCAAAGGCAUCAAGAGAUAUUGCGAGUGACUACAAGUACAAAGAGACGCACGAGAAGCAGAAAGGCCACUACAUUGGGUGCCGAACUGCCCAGGAGGAUCCCAAACUGUCGUGGGCUGCGCGCGCCAUGCUGCUGCAGAACGACCGGCUUUACAGGAAGGCGUACCACGAUUCGAAGGCGCAGGUCCACAUACCGGUUGACGCGAUGUCGGUGCAGGCAGCCAAGGAGUGCCAGACGCUGGUCAGCGAUGUUGACUACCGCCAUUACCUCCACCAGUGGACCUGCCUGCCCGACCAGAAUGACGUGAUCCAUGCAAGGAAGGCCUAUGACCUACAGAGUGAUAAUGUGUACAAGUCAGACCUAGAAUGGUUGCGAGGCAUUGGCUGGUUGACAGAAGGUUCUGUGGAUGUGGUCAAAGCAAAGAAAGCCCAGGAACUCCUGAAUGAGAGGUUGUACCGCACACGGCCGGAGGAGCUGAAAUUCACCAGCAUUACUGAUGCGCCAGACGUUGUCCAGGCUAAGAUCAAUGCUUUGCAGAUCAGUAACCACCUGUAUCGUGAAGCCUGGGAUAAAGAUAAGACGCAGAUUUCCAUACCUUCCGAUACUCCUGUGAUGCUGCAGUCCAAAGUCAACGCUCUCAACAUCAGCAACAAACAUUAUCAGAAGGCCUGGGACGAGGCCAAGGCCAAAAGCUAUGACAUAAGAGCUGAUGCCAUUUCCAUCAAACACGCCAAGGCUUCCCGAGACAUUGCUAGUGAGUACAAGUACAAAGAGACGCACGAGAAGCAGAAAGGCCACUACAUUGGGUGCCGAACUGCCCAGGAGGAUCCCAAACUGUCGUGGGCUGCGCGCGCCAUGCUGCUGCAGAACGACCGGCUUUACAGGAAGGCGUACCACGAUUCGAAGGCGCAGGUCCACAUACCGGUCGACGCGAUGUCGGUGCAGGCAGCCAAGGAGUGCCAGACGCUGGUCAGCGAUGUUGACUACCGCCAUUACCUCCACCAGUGGACCUGCCUGCCCGACCAGAAUGACGUGAUCCAUGCAAGGAAGGCCUAUGACCUACAGAGUGAUAAUGUGUACAAGUCAGACCUAGAAUGGUUGCGAGGCAUUGGCUGGUUGACAGAAGGUUCUGUGGAUGUGGUCAAAGCAAAGAAAGCCCAGGAACUCCUGAAUGAGAGGUUGUACCGCACACGGCCGGAGGAGCUGAAAUUCACCAGCAUUACUGAUGCGCCAGACGUUGUCCAGGCUAAGAUCAAUGCUUUGCAGAUCAGUAACCACCUGUAUCGUGAAGCCUGGGAUAAAGAUAAGACGCAGAUUUCCAUACCUUCCGAUACUCCUGUGAUGCUGCAGUCCAAAGUCAACGCUCUCAACAUCAGCAACAAACAUUAUCAGAAGGCCUGGGACGAGGCCAAGGCCAAAAGCUAUGACAUAAGAGCUGAUGCCAUUUCCAUCAAACACGCCAAGGCUUCCCGAGACAUUGCUAGUGAGUACAAGUACAAAGAGACGCACGAGAAGCAGAAAGGCCACUACAUUGGGUGCCGAACUGCCCAGGAGGAUCCCAAACUGUCGUGGGCUGCGCGCGCCAUGCUGCUGCAGAACGACCGGCUUUACAGGAAGGCGUACCACGAUUCGAAGGCGCAGGUCCACAUACCGGUCGACGCGAUGUCGGUGCAGGCAGCCAAGGAGUGCCAGACGCUGGUCAGCGAUGUUGACUACCGCCAUUACCUCCACCAGUGGACCUGCCUGCCCGACCAGAAUGACGUGAUCCAUGCAAGGAAGGCCUAUGACCUACAGAGUGAUGCUGUCUAUAAGUCAGACCUAGAAUGGCUCCGUGGAAUUGGCUGGUUGCCUAAUGACUCUCCGGAUGUUAAGAGAGUGAAGCAUGCCCAGGAACUCCUGAGUGAUAAUGUGUAUCGUACACCUAUUGAAAGCCUGAAGUACACCAGUAUUGUUGAUACUCCAGACGUUCUUCUAGCUAAAGUGAAUGCCGAACAAGUCAGCAUUCCAAAAUACAAAGAAGCCUGGGAAAAGGACAAGACUAUGAUCCACAUUAUGCCAGACACACCUGAAAUCAACCUAGCCAAGACUAAUGCUGCUAAUUAUAGCCAGAAACUGUAUAAAGAAGCUUGGGAUGAGUUGAAGAUCAGUUAUGAUUUGAGAGCAGAUGCAAUCCCAAUCAAGGCAGCCAAAGCUUCUAGAGAAAUUGCUAGUGAUUAUAAAUACAAACUGGAUCACGAGAAGCAGAAAGGACAUUAUGUUGGAGUUCCAAAUGCAAAAGCAGAUACGAAGAUGCAGUUUGCCCUCGGCAUAGGCAAAGUUCAGAGUGAACUAGAAUACAAGAAACACUUUGCCAAAUGGAAGACGCAGUGCCACCUCCCAGUAGACAUGCUAUCUAUCCUGUCAGCUAAACAUGGUCAGUCUUUGGUCAGUGAUGUUGAUUAUCGUCAUUACUUGCAUCAGUGGAUCUGUCUUCCGGAUCAGAAUGAUGUCAUACAGGCUAGGAAAGCCUACGAUCUUCAGAGUGAUGCUAUUUACAAAUCUGAUUUAGAAUGGCUGCGGGGAAUUGGAUGGUUGCCAAAUGAUUCAGUUGGAAUCAACCAUGUGAAAUAUGCUGGAGAUCUCUUGAAUGAGAGAAAGUACCGUACAAAAGCUGAAACUCUUCCAUUUACUCCAGUGGCCGACAGAGUUGAUUAUAUCACAGCAAAGAAAAGUGGUGAAAUUCUUAGUGAUGUUAAAUACCACAAAGCAUGGAAUGACGUCAAGUCAAAUUACACUCUGACAGAUACACCGCAGCUAGAUAUGGCCCGAGAGGCAGCCAGAAUUCUUAAUCAGAACUUAUACAAGGAAAGUUGGGAGAAGGAAAAAGCCACUGGUUACCUCUUACCUCCUGACACUGUGCAGAUCUGUCAUGCGAAACACUCAAAUGAUGUCCAAAGUGAGCUUAAAUACAAAGCUGACUACGUCAAACAAAGAGGUCACUAUGUUGGAGUUGCCAGUAUGAGAGAUGAUCCAAAACUGGUGUGGUUUGAGCAUGCAGGCGAGAUCCAGAACGACAGAUUGUACAAAUCAGACUAUCACAAAACGAAGUCCAAAAUUCAUAUCCCUCCAGACAUGGUGUCUGUUGUAGCAGCAAAGGAAUGUCAGACCUUGGUCAGUGACAUCGACUACCGCCAAUACCUGCAUGAAUGGACCUGCCAUCCUGACCAGAAUGACUGUAUUCAGGCAAGGAAGGCCUAUGAUCUGCAAAGUGAUAAUAUUUAUAAAUCUGAUUUGGAAUGGCUUCGUGGCUGUGGUUGGAUUCCUCUGGAUUCAGUGGAACAUAAGAAAGUUAAGAAUGCACAAGAACUGAUAAAUAAGAGAGCAUAUACGAAAGAAGCCCUUGAUAACUUUUCCAAUUAUACCAGUGUGGUCGACACUCCCGACAUUGUUUUGGCAAAGAUGAACUCUGUCAAUCAGAGUGAUCUAAAAUACAAAGAAACAUUUAACCUUGAGAAAGGCCAGUAUAUUGGGUCUGAUGAUACUCCUGCGCUGAACCAUGCCAAAGACAUGUCCUUGCUGUACAGCGAUAAACGUUAUAAAAAUGCUUGGGAAAUUAGCAAGCCCAUUGGGUAUACUUUGGAUGAGAAAUAUAUUCCAGUUGUUGGAGCGAAGCGUGCAAACUACCUAAACAGUGAGCUUAAAUAUAAGGAAAUAUAUGAGAAGCUGAAAGGCCAUUACCUGGCUGGGAAGGACAUUGGUGAUUUCCCCAGCGUCAUUCAUUCAUUAGCAUUCCAGAAAAUGAGGAGCGCGUUGGCAUACAGAAAGAAUUAUGAAGACACCAAAGCAAAUGUCCAUAUUCCAAGCGACAUGAUGAAUCACGUGCUGGCCAAGAAGUGCCAGUAUAUCCUCAGUGAUCUUGAAUACCGAACUUACUUCCAUCAGUGGAACUGUUCACCUGAAGAAAAUGAUGUUAUUCAAGCCAAAAAAGCCCAGGAAAUUUUGAGUGAUGUGGUGUAUAAAGAUGACUUAAAUUGGCUGAAGGGACUUGGAUGUUAUGUCUGGGAUACUCCACAGAUCCUGCAUGCUAAAAAAUCAUAUGACCUCCAGAGCCAAAUAAAAUAUACAGCUGCAGGAAAAGAGAAUCUUCAGAACUUUGGUGUUGUUACUGACACACCUGUCUAUGUGACUGCAGUGCAGAGUGGUGUAAAUGCUAGUGAUGUGAAAUACAAGCAAGAUUACCACAAAACUAAGGACAAGUAUACAACCGUGGCUGAAACAGUGGAUUCAGAAAGAGUUCAAAAUUUGAAACAUCUCUUUAGCAAUAAUCUCUACAAGGAAGCCUGGGAAAAAGUGAAAGCUACUGGCUAUAUAAUGCCCUCUGAUGCUGUAUCCCUCGCACGUGCUAAAGAACUGAAGCAUAAUGCUAGUACUGUGAAAUACCGAGAAGAAUAUGACAAGUUUAAAGCACUGUACACGCUACCCAGAAGUGUUGAGGAUGAUCCCAAUACAGCAAGGUGCCUCAGGGUUGGAAAGCUUAAUAUUGAUCGUCUGUACAAGGAAGUCUAUGAGAAGAAUAAAGCCAAAGUCCACAUUAUUCCAGAUAUGGUAGACAUAAUUUCUGCUAAGGAUGCACAGAACAAAAUCAGUGAAAUUGAUUACCGCACACAUCUCCAUGAGUGGCUCUGUCUACCGGAUCUUCAAAUCAAUGCCCAUGUUCGAAAAGUAACUGAUCAAGUCAGCGAUGUGUUAUACAAGGAUGAUCUUAACUGGCUGAAAGGCAUUGGAUGCUUCGUUUGGGACACUCCGGAAAUUCUCCAUGCCAAACACGCCUACGAUCUUCGCAGUGAUAUUAAGUACAAAUCUAAGGCAGAAAAAAUGAAGAAUGACUACACUGUGGUCAUGGACACUCCUGUCUAUGUCCAGAAUGUCCUCAGUGGCUUGAAUUUAAGUGAAGCUGUCUAUCGAGGUGAAUAUAAGCACAAUGUUAAAGGCAAAAUGAUUCCUACUGAUAAAACAGUGGAUUUGGAGCGGGCGUAUCAUGCAAAUAAAAUACAGAGUGAAAAUUUGUAUCGCUGGGCUGGUGUGAAAGCUCUACCCACUGGAUACAGCCUUCCCACAGACACCCCCAACUUCCAGCAUGCUAAACAUGUCCAGUACAUUGGCAGUGAUCUGAAAUAUAAAGAAGCCUAUGAACACAUGAAAGCUAAAGGCUAUACUCUGGGACCUAAAGAUGUUGGGUUUGAGAAUGUGAAGAAAGUGAAUCAAGUCAUUAAUGAGAGGUUGUAUCGGGCAACGUACCACAAGUACAAGGACAAGAUUCAUACCACUCCAGACACACCAGAAAUCCGCCAAGUCAGAGCAACCCAGGAAGCUGUCAGUGAUCUGAUCUACAAGUCAGAUUUCUUUAGAAUGCAGGGACACUUGAUUUCCUUGCCGUACACUCCUCAGGUGUUGCACUGCCGCUAUGUUGGGGACAUCACAAGUGAUAAUAAAUACAAAGAGGAUCUGAAGUGGUUGAAGGGCUUGGGUUGCUUCCUGUAUGAUACUCCUGAUAUGGUCCGUGCUCGUCAUCUGCGUAAGCUUUGGUCUAAUUAUGUAUAUACUGAUACCGCAAAGAAGAUGUGGGCAAAAUACAAUGUGGUGCUGGACACUCCUGGAUACAGAGCGGUUCAGGAACUAAAAACCCAUUUGAGUGAACUGGUUUACAGAGCUGCAGGCAAGGAGCUGAAGACAAAAUACACUUCCGUCCUUGAUACACCUGACUUCUUAAGAGCCAAGCAAGGACAAAAAAUACAGAGCCAGUACUUGUAUGUGGAACUUGCCACAAAAGAGAGACCCCAUCAUCAUGCUGGGGGUCAGACUCCAGCCUUCACACAUGCUAGGCAUGUAAAGGACAUGGUCAGUGAGAAAAAGUACAAAACCCAGUAUGAGAAGAUGAAGGACAAAUACACGCCUGUUCCUGACACACCAGUCUUGAUCAGAGCCAAGAGAGCGUACCUGAAUGCCAGUGAUUUGCGCUACAAAGAAACCUUUGAGAAUUCUAAGGGCAAAUACCACACAGUGAAAGACGCUUUGGAUAUUGUCUAUCACCGAAAGGUCACCGACGAUGUUAGCAGUGUAAAAUAUAAGGAAAAUUACAUGAGCCAGUUGGGAAUCUGGAGAUCGAUCCCAGACCGUCCGGAGCAUUUCCAUCAUCGUGCAGUCACGGAUGCUAUUAGCGAUGUUAAAUACAAGGAAGACUUAUCAUGGAUCAGAGGCAUUGGCUGUUAUGCAUGGGAUACUCCAAGUUUUGCUCUGGCAGAAAAGAAUAAGGUGCUCUACAGUGGGUGUAAGUACAAGGAGAUGUUUGAGAAGACGAAGUCUCUUUUUAACUAUGUAGCUGACUCUCCAAUUAACAUGCAUUUUAAAUAUGCAACUCAGUUGAUGGAUGGGAAAUUAUAUAAAGCUGCCUAUGAGAAGCUCAAAGAUAGGUACAGCGUUAUUGUGGAUGAUCCUAGGAACCUCCUGGCCAAGUGGGGGACUACACUGAGCAGUCAGGUUGAAUACAAAAAGGACUAUGAAAAGAAGAAGGACAAGUAUACUACAGUUGUGGACACUCCAGAACACCUAAGGACUACAAAAGUCAACAAACUGAUUAGUGAUAUUAUUUACAAGUUGGAAUAUAACAAAGCAAAGCCUAAAGGCUAUACUACAAUCCAUGAUACACCUAUGUUAUUGCAUGUGCGCAAGGUCAAGGACAGAAUAAGCGACCUGAAAUACAAAGAAGUGUAUGAGAGGAAUAAAUCUCACUGCAAUGUGGUAGCAGAUUCAGUUCAUAUUAAGACUCCAAGGCAUGCUUACAAGCUAAACAGCAACCUGGAUUAUAAGAAGAAAUAUGAAGCAGCCAAGGCUCAUUGGCACUGGAUUGCUGAUAGGCCUGACUUUGUUCAAGCAGCCAAGUCGUCUCUGCAACAGAGUGAUUAUGAAUACAAACUGGACCGGGAAUUCCUAAAGGGAUGCAAACUCUCUGUCACAGAUGAUAAAAACACAGUAUUGGCCUUAAAUAAUGCCAUCUUGGCGAGUGAUAUAAAAUACAAAGAGAAGCAUGUCAAAGCUCGAGGAACAUAUCAUGUUGUUCCAGAUACACCUCAGAUCCUCCUGGCUAAGAAUGUCAGCUCUCUUGUAUCUGAGAACAAAUACAAAGAACAUAGCAAGAAGCAGCUUCCGCAUGGGUCUUAUACAACCCUGCCAGAGACACGAGACACUGCUCAUGUGAAGGAGGUGACCAAGAACGUCAGUGAGACAAACUAUAAGAAGAAGUUUGUGAAGGAGAAAGGCAAGUCUAAUUAUUCUGUCAUGUUGGAGCCUCCCGAAGUGAAACAUGCCAUGGAAGUUGCUAAAAAACAGAGUACAAUUGAAUACAAGAAAGAUGCCAAGUCAAAGCUCCACUACACACCUAUAGCAGAUCGACCCGAUAUCAAGAAAGCAACUCAGGCUGCCAAGUUAAUUAGUGAUAUUGAAUAUAAAAAGCGCGGAGAAGCUGGCAUUGGCGUAACCAUGCUGGGACGACCAGAUAUUGAGCUGGCAAAGGAGGUGUCCAAACUAACUAGCCAGGUGAAAUACAAGGAGAAUUUUUCCAAAGAGAUGGGUAAAAAGCCAAAGUAUGACUUAAAGGAGGCUAAAAUCUACAAGACCAUGAAAGAUGCUCACAAUAUGGCAAGUGAGGUGAAAUACAAAGCAGAUCUAAAGAAGCUUCAUAAGCCUGUCACAGACAUGUCUGAAUCGCUGAUCAUGAACCAUGUCCUGAGUACAAGCCAACUCGCCAGUGCCUACCAGUACAAGAAGCAAUAUGAGAAGAGUAAGGGUCACUACCAUGUGGUGCCAGAUAAUCUUGAGCAGGUUCAUCUAAGGGAGGCAUCAGAACUACAGAGCCACGUGAAAUACAGAGAAAAGUACGAGAAGGAAAAAGGCAAACCUAUGUUGGACUUUGAAACUCCAACAUACCUUACUGCAAAGGAAUCUCAGCUCAUGCAGAGUGAGAAAGAAUAUAAGAAGGACUUUGAAGAGUCCAUUAAGGGCAGAAACCUUACUGGCUUGGAGGUUACACCAUCCCUAUUACAUGUCAAAUAUGCAACCAAAAUAGCAAGCGAGAAAGAGUACAGGAAGGAUCUGGAGGAAGGUGUCAAAGGUAAAGGACUAACAGCUUUAGAGGAGACUCCAGACAUGUUAAGAGCGAAGAAUGCAACUCAAAUCCUGAACGAGAAAGCGUACAAAAAAGCCUUGGAAUUAGAAAUCAAAGGAAAAGGUCUGACAGAACUGGCUUUGGAGACACCAGAUUUUGUGAGAGCAAAGAACGCCACUGACAUUGCCAGCCAGAUCAAAUACAAACAAUUGGCGGAAAUGGAGAAAGCCAACUACACCAGUGUUGUCGAUACUCCGGAGAUUAUUCAUGCCCAGCAGGUCAAGAACCUUUCGAGCCAGAAAAAGUAUAAGGAAGAUGCAGAAAGGACCAUGCCAUACUAUGUGCCUGUAGCAGACACACCAGAAAUGCAGAGAGUCCGUGAGAAUCAAAAGAACUUCAGCACACUUCAGUAUCAGUGGGACCUACAGAACAGUAAAGGAAAAGUUACAGUUGUGCAAGACACACCAGAAAUGCUGCGUGUGAAAGAAAACCAGAAGAAUUUCAGCUCGAUUUUAUAUAAAGAAGAUAUUGGAACUGGAACUACUAUUGAAAAGACACCAGAGAUGCAGAGAGUUAAACGAACCCAGGAUGCAAUUAGCUCGAUUAAGUACAAGGAGAGUAUUGGAAAAGGAACUCCAAUUCCCGAUCUCCCAGAAGUGAAGCGCGUCAAGGAGACGCAGAAGCACAUCAGUACGGUGUUGUACAAAGAGGAUGUGGGGACAGGAACCCCAACACCUGUCACUCCUGAGAUCGAAAGAGUCAAACGCAAUCAAGAAAACUUUAGCUCGGUGUUGUACAAGGAGGAUCUGGGGACAGGAACCCCAACACCUGUCACUCCUGAGAUUGAAAGAGUUAAACGCAAUCAAGAAAACUUUAGCUCGGUGUUGUACAAAGAGGAUCUGGGGACAGGAACCCCAAUACCUGUCACUCCUGAGGUUGAGAGAGUCAAACGCAAUCAAGAACACAUUAGCUCGGUGUUGUACAAAGAAAACAUAGGGAAAGCAACCCCGACACCUGUCACUCCUGAGAUGGAAAGAGUCAAACGCAAUCAAGAGAUCAUUAGCUCGGUUUUGUACAAAGAAAAUGUGGGGAAAGUGACCCCAACACCAAUCACUCCAGAGAUGGAGAGAGUCAAACGCAAUCAAGAGAUCAUUAGCUCGGUGUUGUACAAAGAAAACUUGGGGCGAGCGACCCCCACACCUGUCACUCCAGAGAUGGAGAGAGUCAAACGCAAUCAAGAACACAUUAGCUCGGUUUUGUACAAGGAACAUCUGGCAAAAGGAACGCCAACGCCAAUGACUCCCGAGAUGGAGAGAGCUAAACGCAAUCAAGAAAACAUCAGCUCGGUUCUUUAUUCAGAUAGUUUCCGAAAACAAGUACAAGGCAAAGCUGCGUAUGUACUGGAUACACCUGAAAUGCGGCGUGUACGAGAGACCCAGAAACACAUCUCUACAGUGAAGUACCAUGAAGACUUUGAGAAAAGCAAAGGUAGUUUCACCCCGGUAGUUACCGACCCCAUUACAGAACGCGUGAAAAAGAACAUGCAGGACUUCAGUGACAUUAGCUAUAGGGGCAUCCAAAGGCGGGUAGUAGAAAUGGAGCGAAAGCGUGUGGACCAGGAUCAAGAGACACUCACAGGUCUUCGUGUGUGGCGCACUAAUCCCGGGUCCGUCUUUGACUACGACCCGGCAGAAGACAAUAUUCAGUCCAGAAGCUUACAUAUGAUCUCUGUCCAGGCCCAGCGCCGCAGCCGGGAGCACUCCCGCUCUGCCAGUGCCUUGAGCCUCAGUGGUGGCGAUGAAAAAUCCGAACCCUCGGAUGGUGUGGAUCAACAUCUGUCCUACUACAGCAAUGGGGGCUUCUUCACCACAACGGCCACAGUGGGCUACAAACAUGCUAAAACCAUAGAGUUACCACAACAACGGUCAUCCUCAGUUGCCACCCAGCAAACAACGGUGUCAUCGGUGCCAUCUCACCCAUCUACUGCUGGCAAGACCUACCGGGCCAUGUACGACUACAUGGCAGCUGACGCUGACGAGGUUUCCUUCAAAGACGGUGACACAAUUGUCAACGUACAAGCAAUCGACGAAGGCUGGAUGUAUGGGACUGUCCAGAGAACCGGCAAGACCGGCAUGCUGCCAGCCAACUACGUCGAGGCUGUCUAAACCAGAGCCCCUCUGUCCAUCAGGCAUUAUCUGCACGGCCCAGACACAACGGCACUUAAACUGUAAGCCUUAGGGAACAGUCUGUAAUGGGGUUUUUGCCAACAAAGAGUGCCUUGUCUUCCAUGUUGGUGGUGCCUCAGGACACAGGAGGUUUAAAAAAAAAAAGAGAAAAAAAAAAAAGAAAAAGUAACUGCAGAGCAAAAUCUUUGUGAAACAGCCCUUCAACGCAUGAGCCAUGCUUAUGAGGCCUGUGUGUCUUCCAAUGUCAAAAAAGUUUGGUUUUUUUUUUAACCCAUUGCCUCGCCUUUCAAACAUUUCAGCAUCGCAGUCCAGUUCAGAACCUCGGCAAUCCUAUACAUGUACUUAAGACUAAGACUACCAAGUAUUACUUUAGUCAUUCUCCCAUAAAAGAAUAUUUUUCUGGGCUAUUCUGUUAUGUUUGAAUAUAUUCACUUUUCCAUAUAAGCAACAUUUAAGCUGUCUCAAACCAACAUUUAACUUGGGGGGGGGUUCAGGGGAAACGAACCCAAAGCUGCAAGCCUCUCCUGCUUGCUGAGCUCGUCUGCAUGUGUUUUUCAUGCAACUGUUCUGGGGUCAAAAGCUGUUCUUCCUUGUAAAUUAGUGACUAAAUAAAGCUGAUGUUUCUGCA